AGCUCCUCUUGGUGGCACUAUUGUCCUGAGUCCAUCAGGUAUUUGUGUCCAGUUAAUGAGCCUUCUCAGCUUUCAGGCUGUAAGAAAAGCAGGUGCCCAUCGGGAGCAGUAGUUAACAGGGAUCACACCGUGGAUCAGGCUACCUAGACGACUGCAGCUUGUCAUAUUUCGCACUGCUGAAGUCCACGUCCACACGUGAUGCAGUCACUCGCCCAAGAAAUUAAAUCAUUCUCCAAAACCAACCUGCGAAAGCAAUGCACCCGGGUGACGACCCUGAGCGGGAGGCGGAUUAUUGAAACAUGGAAAGGAUCCACUGUCCAUGUGGUUGAGGACACAGUCCAACCUGAGACGCCGUGUGGAUACAUUCAGGAUAACACCUGGGAUCUCCAAGUGGGAUAUAUUAGACCUUAUUUAUUACUGGGUUCACAGGAUGCCGCUCAUGACUUUGGCACUUUAAAGAAGUACAAGGUCACUCACAUACUGAAUGUGGCGUACGGUGUGGAAAACGCUUUCUCAGAUCUCUUCGUCUAUAAAACCCUGAGCAUACUGGAUCUGCCCGACACUGACAUCAUAUCACACCUGCAUGAGUGCGCACAGUUCAUAGACCAGGCCAAGGCGGAGAAAGGUGUAGUGCUCGUCCACUGUAACAACGGUGUGUCUCGGUCAGUCUCUGUGGUCAUCGGAUACCUGAUGUGGAGAGAAGGCCAGUCAUUCGAUGAUGCGUUUUCUCAGGUGAAGUCAUCGAGGCCAGCGUCGUGUCCAAACCCGGGUUUCAUCGACCAGCUGAAAAACUUCAAACCCCAAUGCGGUAUACAAGCAAACGGUCUAACUGGUCAUUCAUAAAUUCAUAAAUUACUUUGUGUGUGUUAAUAAUAAAGGCACUGGUGCUUCCGAUGAGGUUUCUGACAUGGCCAUAACCAUGAUAAUCAUGAUCUUCUAUCUUAUAUGAGCAUGAGGAGGAACAAGCAUUUAGACUGGCAAGGAGAAAUGAUAAAGUUGUUUUGGUUGAUACAAAUGUAUACAUAAAUUAUUAUUAUUAUUAUUAAAAAGCUUGAGAAUCAAUCAGGGGAACACAACACAGCUCUUAUUACCAAAGUAAUAUAAUCAUUGUUGAUUUAUUAUUCUGCAUUUAAGCCCAGUAUUGGCUAUGUUAUCAGGAUGAUUAGAAAUAUAAUUGGCUUGAAGGGAUUUUUUUUUUUCAGAAAAUCUACUGCAGAGUUGCAAAAGAAGCCCUUAAUGUUCUUUAUAUACCUUAAAUACACAUUAAAGUACACUACAUUCACUUUUCUAAGUAAAUAAGAGUAGAAAAGAUGCACCCUUGGAAAAAUCUACUAAAUGCUCUGUUUAAAUGUAUUUUCUGAGAUUUCUGAUACUCUUUAUAUAUUUUUUCGAAUCUCUGGCAGGCAAGACACGGCUAACGCUCUGGACUUAAUCACUGGAAAGAAUACAGGAUAGCAACAAAUGCACAUUUAAGAUUUCCUCACAGGUUCCUCACAGGUUUUUGACAUGACUUUAAUUUAUUGUAAAACAUUUCAAUCUAUCAGGAUUUAGAAGUAUAAUGAUAAAAAUGUUGUAGGUUGACAUUUAAUUCAAUAGCCUACAUACAACAAACCUUAUAUUUCCCCAGCAUUUUUUUUUUGGUGUCUAAAGCUGGCUUCUUUAGAAGCUAUUUAACUAGAUUAACUAAGCUAACUAGAAAAAGUAAUGUUUCUAGUUUAGCAUUGUGCAAAACGUACCCCUAAAUCAUCCACACUCACCUUAAAACUGGUAACUAACAGAGGUGGAACCAAAUCAUUGUUCACAAGUAAGUCACAAGUAAGUCUCAAGUCAUGGCAUUUAAGUCCUUAACUUUAAGUUUCAAGUCAUAGUGUGCUCAUUACAAAAUUUAUGACCAGAAUUUAUAGACAAAAUUUCUAGGCAAACUUUAUAACUCAGUGGAAAUAUAUGGGUAUUUGAAAGACACAUAACUAUGACUAUAAAAAUUUCCAUUCAAUUCCAUUCAAAAGAUGAGGCGUACACUAUUUUCACUAAGUGUACCCAUCUAUCUCAUUUGGUUUGGCUUUACUUUGGGAUUUGCUUUGUGCAACUUCAAAUGGUGAACAAAAUUGGAAAUUGUUGCUUUUGCGUCUGAUAUUCUUGAACCACAGGUUCUCCAUGUUGCAACUCUUUUAAAUAACAUAAUCUUUGUAAGUGAAGGCUACUAUCUUUGGGAGCAUGGCUACCCCAAAAAGUGCCUCUGUCAUCAGGGAAUGAUCGCUCUUUCCACAUUCAGCUGUCUUUCAGCUGUCAGGUGUAAGUUGAUUGGCUGUCUGACUGGAUAAACAUUGACCUUGGAAAUAAAGAUCGAUGGUGAUUUGCUGAAAAUAAAUUUAAAAUAAAUGCGUCAUUUUUAAUCUUUGGUUUUGAGAAUGUAUCAAGUCUUUCCAAGUCAAAGGGACCGAGUCCAAGUGAAGUCACAAGUCAACGAUGUCAAAGUCGAGUCGCAAGUCUUCGAUAAUCUCAAGUCACGUCGAAAGUCAGCAAAUUUAUGACUCGAGUCCAGGUCGAGUCCAAGUCAUGUGACUCGAGUCCACAACGCUGGUAAUUAAUCCCAGAUAGACUUGCUCAUGUGGUUUCUGAUGCUGUAUGAUGAUCGAUUGUUAUAAAGCUUUCAUUAUUGUUAGCUAAAUUAGACUCAUUAUAACUCCAGUACAAAACUAACCCAACAUAUCUUGUUUGAGGUAAAUGUUAAAUUGUGUGAUGAGUGAUUAAAGUUAAAAAUUAGUUAAUAAACAAAUAUAGCACAUAAUGUUAUGUUUGUGGCAUUAUGAGGGGAUUAUUAUGUUUAAUGUGUCUAUUAAACAUCCAGAUCCAAUAUAAUUCUUACUGUAAUUCCUCAAAUCAGAAUGGAGAGAUUAAAUUAGCCAGGAAAGGGCAAUGUUUGAAAUGAAGAUUUCAGUUACAGAAUUAUAGUCCAGUUCUACUGCAGAAAUGUUCUCUAUACUGAUACACCUUGUGUCAGUAUAUACUGUAGAUACCUAUCUAUCUAUCUAUCUAU